GUUAAACUUUGAGGAAACAAUUUAUUUUGCUGGCAGCUUUGAGUCCCAGCAGUUCAUGAAAAUUCAUCUGAAUUAGAAACUACUUUUAAUGUUUUAUUAUUCACCAAUAACAGCAUAAAGCAAAUCUUUACUUCCAAAAUAGCCAUUAUAACUAAGUCUGUUUGAUACAAGCUUUUAUCUUAAAACCACUUAAUCUUAUGUCAUUGAUAAAGCCAUUUGAAAUCUGGUUUUGGCCACAAGGUGGUGCAGCUGCACUCAUAAAUAAUACUCUGUAUUUAGUUCUUGUUAUCUCAAAGGGGCUUUCUGAACAACCUCAGAACAAACCUAUCAGCUAUUAGCACAUGCUGUUUUUACAGACCUCAACCACAGGGAUUAUACAGCUUGUUUCACACAGCUUCUUGGAGUGCACUUCGUUGCUUCUGGAUUGAGAGGGAUUUCCUUCUGGAGUGCUUGUGACCAUGUUUGGUGUGAUGUCACUAAAUGGGUGGGGUAAAGUCUUACAAAAGCAGCACAACCACAGCAGCCUCAGCCAGCAUCAACAUGAACUGCAGCGUGCUUCACAGAGAGCUGCCCAGCUACGGAAUGGAAAAGAGGCUAGACCCAGUCACUCUGCAGCCUUUCUGGGACUUUGUUAAAGCAAAGGAGCCACUGAUCCAGUCACCUUACUUUCCAGUGCUGUUUUCGUUUACAGCUUACAUGACUUUCUGUCUUCCUUACAUUGCACUGGACUUCUUAAGCACUAAAGUACCAGCCGUGAGAAAAUACAAAAUCCAGCCUCUGAUUUAUCCAACUCUGGGAAUGAUGGUACCUUGUAUGGUUCAAUGUGUCUAUCAUCACGUUGUCUUUAUCUUCCCAGUGACAGUUGCUCAUUGGUACUGGAGACCAGUGGAUUUACCAGCAAUGGCUCCAGAGUUGCCGAGGGUCCUGCUGGAUGUAACUGUUUGCCUGCUUCUCUUUGACUUCCAGUAUUUUCUGUGGCAUUUGCUUCAUCAUAAGGUGCCUUGGCUCUACAAGACUUUUCACAAGGUUCAUCAUAAGCAUGUAUCUACGUUUGCUCUUACCACACAGUACUCAAGUGUUUGGGAGUUACUUUCACUGGGAUUUUUUGCUGCCAUAAAUCCAGUGUUGCUGAAAUGCCAUCCUUUGACAGAAAUGAUUUUCUUCCUUGUUAAUAUCUGGCUGUCAGUGGAGGAUCAUUCAGGCUAUGAACUUCCAUGGUCAACAAACAGACUGAUACCAUUUGGCCUGUAUGGAGGAGCUCCGCAUCACGAUCUCCAUCACCUGAAGUUCAGAUGUAACUAUGCUCCUUACUUCACCCACUGGGACAGACUAUUUGGAUCACUUGCUCACGCACAUUCACAACAAUAACAGGGAAUUCGUCUGUUACCUAGCUAAUUUUGUACAGCUAAUAAAUUAAAAGAAGAGUAUAAUUUUUUCCCGAGCCACAGAUAUAAAAUGUGAAAUCAUUUAUAACAAAUCUAAUUUAAUGUUUGUAUAUAUAUUUAUGGAAUUGCAUAUGUAAGGUCUGUUACUACGUGUUUGGAAACAAUGUCACAUUAUAAGGAAAGCAUUAAGAAACACUCACUGCCUUCUUUCCUUUGACUAUGCCAGCUUUUAUAAAGCAUAUUGUGUUACUGUGUUUUAUACAUACAGAGACAAAUAUUUUCUUACUGUUAUAGGAUGACUUGUGAUAUGAAUAGAACCAAUGCACAUAGUGUGCAUUAAGAAUUCCAAGAAAAUAUCUUAUUUAAAAAAGGUUGCUGCUGGAUGGCAUUAAAUGUCUAAUCUGAUUCUGUUUGUUCUUUGCAAUAAUUUGGAUCCUUAUAUUGCAUACCCCAGUAUACUCUAUUUUUUUAAGUGGAAAAUA